UCCAAAUGAAUCACACCAAACGCCGGAGUCAACGCCGGUGCUGGUCUCUUCUCUCAAUCACCAUCAUUUUCACACUAACAACUCUCUUCAACAUCAACCCUUCUUCAUCUCCGACAACCUCACCGGAAAAACCAACCGUUGACCGUUGCUCCGGCAAGUACAUCUACAUGCACGACCUCCCACCACGGUUCAACUCUGACAUGCUAACUCAUUGUCAAACCUUAAGUCAAUGGACUGACAUGUGCCGGUUCACGUCCAACUCCGGCAUCGGUCCACCACUCAACAACAAACCAAGAUGGUACCGGACCAACCAGUUCUCUCUUGACAUCAUCUUUCACAACAAAAUGAAACACUACUCUUGUUUAACCUCCAACUCAUCCAUGGCUUCAGCCAUCUACGUCCCAUUCUAUGCAGGCUUAGACGUGGCUCGUUAUCUCUGGGGAUCAUUCAACGUCUCGGUACGUGACUCAGCAUCACUGGAUCUCAUCAACUGGUUGAAGACCAAACCAGAGUGGACAAACAUGGGAGGAAAAGACCAUUUCUUGGUUGCAGGGAGGAUAACAUGGGAUUUCAGAAGAUUAACAGAUGAAGACAAAGACUGGGGUAAUAAGCUCUUGUUACUACCUGAAGUCAAAAACAUGAGUGUUUUAGUUAUAGAGUCCAGUCCAUGGCACAGUAAUGAUUUUGGAGUACCAUAUCCUACGUACUUCCAUCCAUGCAGUGAAAAAGAGGUUGUGGAAUGGCAAGAAAGGAUGAGAAGAGUUGAGAGGAAAUGUUUGUUUGCUUUUGUUGGUGCACCGAGAGUGAACCAAACGAGGUCAAUAAGAGGGAAGGUGCUGGAGCAGUGUGGGAGGUCAGAGAAGUGUGCAUUGGUGAGAUGUGCAGGGUCUGAUGGUGGUAAUCAUCAGAGUGAGUAUUGUCAUGAGCCAGAGAGAGUUAUGGAGGUGUUUGAGAGGAGUGUGUUUUGUUUGCAGCCUCAGGGGGAUUCAUACACGAGGAGGUCGGCGUUUGAUGCAAUGGUGGCUGGGUGUGUGCCGGUGUUUUUUCAUCCGGGUUCGGCGUAUGUGCAGUAUGGGUGGCAUUUGGAUGGGGAUUAUAGGAAGUAUUCUGUGUUUAUCUCUGAAGAGGAUGUGAGGGAUGAGAAGGUGGGAAUAGAGGAGGUGCUUGGAGGGAUACAGAUGGAGGAUGUGGAGAGAAUGAGGGAGGAGGUGAUUGGAAUGAUACCCAGAUUGGUAUAUGGUGAUCUAAGGUGUGAAGGGAUUGAGAGUAAGGAUGCUUUUGAUUUGGCUGUGGAGGGAGUGGUUAAUAGAGUUGGGAGGGUGAGGAGAGGGAUUGAGGAUGGUGGAAGAGUGCAUGAGUGGGAUCAUUUCUUUUAAUUCUUAGAUUUUUUUUUCUUUCUUUUAAUUUUAUGAUUAAUAGAACAAUAUUUUUCAUUCAAAUUUUAUUAUGUCUGCUUCAUAAUGCAUCAAGUGCCAAUGCAUGCAUAUCACUCCCUGUAUUUACUCUUUAGACUUGAACCACCAA